UAGGUGGCGGUAAUGCACCUUAAGUUGGUUUGCCAACCGUUGUUAAAACCAAAAGAAGAAGAAGCCGUGAAGGCUUGUGGGUAGCUGCUGGAUGUGCUGCUGCACGUUGACAUUGGGGAUUGGUUUGCAUCGUGUGAGCAGGUUAAAAACAUUAGGACUUCAGGAUGGGUGGCUCAGCGUCCAGUCCUGCUGCUACUGUUCAAGCCGAGGCUCACUUUGGCAGCAGCGUGCCUCCAGAGGGCUGUCCAAUGCACCAGGCACGCCAGGAAAGUUCUCUUCCGUCUGAGUGCCCCAUGCAUCUGGCUGAUUCUCAGACCACUGCUCCUGUGGCACCAGCGCACCAGGAGAGGGCCUACGACUUUGUGGGGUGCCCCAUGAAGGCUGCAAAAAAAGGAAUGUCUGACAUCGAUCCAACAAACAUGAUGCCACCACCAAACCAGCAGCCGGCUUCUGACCAGCCUUUCCCCCUGCCUGUUAACAGAGAGGAGUCCACGAUUCCUAGAUUCGGCUCAGAAAAAAACUGGGUGUAUCCCUCGGAGCAAAUGUUCUGGAAUGCCAUGUUGAGAAAGGGGUGGCAUUGGAAGGAUGACAGUCUUUCCCAGCAUGACAUGACAAAUAUCAUAAAAAUCCACAACCGCAACAAUGAACAGGCCUGGGAGGAGAUCCUGAAAUGGGAGGCCCUGCAUGCUAGUGAAUGUCCAUGUGGCCCAUCUUUGAAAAGGUUUGGUGGUAAAGCAAAGGAGUUUUCACCUAGAGCCAGGAUACGUCAUUGGAUGGGAUAUGAACUACCUUUUGACCGACAUGACUGGAUUGUGGAUCGUUGUGGAAAAGAGGUCCGGUAUGUGAUUGACUAUUAUGAAGGGGACCUUGACAAAAGCACGUACCAGUUCUCGAUCUUGGAUGUGCGUCCUGCGAUUGACUCUCUUGAAGCAGUGUGGGACAGAGUAAAGGUGGCCUGGUGGCGAUGGACAUCUUAAACUCCAGAAAAGCUCACAUGGACAUUUCUCCUAUAUCAAGAUGUAAAUACAAAUUGAUUGUUAAAAUAGACAUGUAUGUAAAUGUGUUCCUCACACUGAUAGCAAUGUAAGGGUGUAAUGUAGACUUGUAUUAUUUAUGCAGUUAUGUUUUAGAGAUAUGACAUUUCAAAUCUGAUCAGUUGUACCUUAGGAUUUAUCUAUUUAUUUUUGUAAUGAUUUUUGAAAAUAAAAUGUUAAGUAUACAUAUGUGAUAUUUACGGAUGCAAUAUAAUCGCAUGAAAUAUUACAUCCUUACUUGUAUGAAUUGUGUGAUGUGCAAAACUGUUAUUACAUCAUCCUGUAAUCAAUAAUGCUAUACAGGCUAAUUUUAUUUGUGUGUGUGUGUGUGUGUGUGUGUGUGUGUGUGUGUUUUAAUCGUCAGUGUAUUUAAGCAAAUAAUGCUGUCCAUGUGAGUGUGGUUUGCUAGACCACUUUUAUCUUUGUGUUUUCCAAGCUAAUUAAAUAUGUAACUGGAUUACAAACUAUUGCA